AUGGAUAAUAAAAAGAAAGACAAGGACAAGCCAGAUGAAAGAAUGGCACGGCCUACUGGGAGGUCAGGCCACAAUCCACGUGGAACUGGUUCUUCAAAUUCUGGAGUGUUAAUGGUUGGCCCAAACUUCAGAGUUGGUAAAAAAAUUGGAUGUGGUAAUUUUGGAGAACUACGGUUAGGAAAAAAUCUAUACACGAAUGAAUAUGUGGCAAUUAAACUGGAGCCAAUGAAGUCGAGAGCACCACAGCUACAUUUGGAAUACAGAUUCUACAAGCAGCUAGGAUCUGGAGAUGGAAUACCUCAGGUUUACUAUUUUGGCCCAUGUGGCAAAUAUAAUGCUAUGGUGCUAGAACUACUUGGACCUAGUCUGGAAGAUUUAUUUGACUUGUGUGGUAGGACAUUUUCUCUUAAAACCGUUCUUAUGAUAGCCGUACAGUUGAUUUCUCGUAUGGAAUAUGUCCAUUCAAAGAACUUGAUAUACAGAGAUGUAAAACCUGAGAACUUUUUAAUAGGACGACCUGGAAACAAAAUGCAGCAAAUCAUUCAUAUUAUAGAUUUUGGGUUGGCAAAGGAGUAUAUAGAUCCAGAAACAAAGAAGCAUAUACCAUAUCGAGAACACAAGAGCCUUACAGGAACAGCUAGAUACAUGAGUAUAAAUACACAUUUAGGAAAAGAGCAAAGUAGAAGAGAUGAUUUGGAAGCUUUAGGACAUAUGUUUAUGUAUUUCCUCAGAGGAAGCCUUCCAUGGCAAGGUUUAAAGGCCGAUACAUUAAAAGAACGGUACCAGAAAAUUGGGGACACAAAACGAGCAACCCCUAUAGAAGUAUUGUGUGAAAGCUUCCCAGAGGAAUUGGCUACAUACCUACGUUAUGUAAGAAGGCUAGAUUUUUUUGAAAAGCCAGACUAUGACUACUUAAGGAAACUCUUCACAGAUUUACUUGAUCGGAAAGGCUAUGUGUUUGAUUAUGAAUAUGACUGGAUUGGCAAACAGUUGCCUACUCCAGUGGGUUCAAUACAUUCAGACCCUGCACUGUCUUCAAACAGAGAAGCGUAUCAGCACAGAGAUAAAAUACAACACUCUAAAAAUCAGUCAACAGACCAUAGGGCAGCUUGGGACUCACAACAAGCGAAUCCACAUCGUUUGAGGGCUCAUCUAGCAGCUGACAGACAUGGUGGCUCAGUACAGGUAGUAAGCUCAACAAAUGGAGAACUGAAUACCGAUGACCCAACUGCAGGCCGUUCAAAUGCACCCAUCACAGCUCCUGCAGAAGUAGAAGUAAUGGAUGAAACUAACUGCCAGAAAGUGUUGAACAUGUGGUGCUGCUGUUUUUUCAAGCGGAGGAAAAGGAAAGCCAUUCAGCGCCACAAAUGA